AGUCGAGAAUGCGCGUAAGCACACCGCGCACGCGCACUCGCUACGAAAAGCUCGCUCUAUUUCGAAAUACAACGCGAAGUGAAAUUAGUUAAAUUUAAAUCCGUGAACACAGUUAUUUUAAUAUAUUUUAGUACUGCUUAGUAUUAAGGAAAUAUGGCUUCGCAAGCCAUAUGGAAGCGAGUGCUAGUGCUUCUUGUGGCUGUAUCCGCUUCAUAUUCGCUAACAUUGGACGAAGAAGCCACAAAUGAUGUUAUUGCAGCAGCAUCAGCAUCGGAAGACGGUCAAAUAGCAAUUUUAGUCAGAGGUCCAUCUAAUGUUGACACAGGACGGGAGGAACUAUUACACGCAAAAGGAACUGACGACAAUUCUAUUUCGCUGUUUUAUAAUAAAAAGAGUAAUAAAGUUUCUCUCGAGAGUCUAAACGGAGGCCAUAUUAAAUCUGUUUCAUGGAGCCUAGAUUCGAACCAUCGAGGUAACGUUCUUCUUGUUAUAACACACUCGAAAGUGAAGAUUUUAACAAGCUGUAAAUCACUAAAUUGGCACACCAUGUCCGGCAGACAUGACGUUUUAAAAUUAUUGGCUAGCCAGAAGUUGAAGUUGUAUCACGAAGAAAAUGCACCAGUCGAAGUAUACGGUAAUGAAAAAUCAGCCUUGGACUCUUUGAGUUGUAAUCACGAAGAUGCUUUAAAACCACCAAGUUCCAUGACAGUAGACUCAGAUGUAGAAGAAGUUAAAGAUUUCAUAGAAAAAGAAGAAAGGUUUAAACAGGAAGAAGAAAUGCAAGGAGAUGAUCCAAGAAACAAUUACAUUGAUCCAAAUAUUUACGGACCGUUGCCGCAACCUACAACUCCUGGAAGAGGUGACAUUCCUGCAACGGAUAUAGAAUCCUGUGAUGAUGAGGUGAUCCGUCAAUUGAAAUUUCUUCGCCAAACCAUAGAACUGCUACGUCGUGAAUUAGAUAAUCAGAAGGGAAAUAUAGACAAUCUUCGAAAUGAACUUCGUAUCUGCUGUAAUCGUGUUCCACCUACGCCUCCAGUGGAAAGAUGCUCUGGCUCUUCAUGCUAUCCUGGCGUACAAUGUCGGAACACGGCGAGUGGGGUGGAGUGCGGGCCGUGUCCUCGAGGCAUGGAGGGCGACGGGCGACGCUGCAGACCUGUGUCCUGUGACCGGAGGCCUUGUUCGCAGGUCGAAUACUGCAUUGAUUCUGAACAAGGAUUCCGGUGUGAGCGAUGUCCGGGCAGACAGACUAGUGAUGGUCAGACUUGUCGCUCUGCCUGCAGUGCGAAUCCAUGCUUUGGAGGACGUGUUCAGUGUCUAGAUCUACCAGAUGGCAGAUACCGCUGUGGUGCUUGCCCUUCUGGUUAUACUGGUAACGGGGAAGAAUGUAUCAGAAUUUCAUGUCGACCGGACUCAUGCUUUCAAGGCGUAGAAUGUCAAGAAACGUCCUCUGGUCCACAUUGUGGUCCUUGCCCUGCUGGGUACUUAGGUGAUGGACGGCGAUGUCAGAACUUAUGCGAUGCUAGGCGACCUUGUGGAGAGAGGCGGUGUACGCCUACUUCAACCAGCCCUUACUACCAAUGUGAAGGGUGUCCUAAAGGGUUCGAGUGGAACGGUUACGCAUGUGUGGAUAUGGAUGAGUGUGACCUGAUCAGACCAUGCGACGAGUUGGUCUCAUGCAGGAAUAUCGAGGGCGGGUUUAUCUGUGGUUCGUGUCCACCCGGCUAUGUCGGCAGUUCAGGCUGGAGUGGAGCGGGAGAUGAGCGCCGUAGGGAGAGCUGUACUGACAUUGAUGAGUGCUCUCAGAGAGACAUCUGUCCACGUGGCCGGCUUUGUGUUAACACUCCUGGUUCUUACACAUGUGUACCUUGCGGUGGACAUUAUUACGUGAACACGUCGCGUCCCUGUAUCGAAGUGGAAGAACUGCGUCAGCGCUGCGACCCUGCACGCUGUCGCCGAUACAACGCUGUGUGUGGAUUUGGUCUUAACUGUGCUUGUGCGACCGGUUGGGCAGGAAAUGGUACAGUAUGCGGUCCAGAUAGUGAUUUAGAUGGUUAUCCAGACCAUCAGCUGCCUUGCUCGGAACUCAACUGUAAAGCUGACAAUUGUCCACAAAUAUCUAACUCCGGUCAAGAAGACGCUGAUAAGGAUGGGAUUGGUGACUCUUGUGACCCUGAUGCUGACGAUGAUGGCAUUCCAAAUAUACCGGACAAUUGCCCACUCAUUUCGAACCCGGAUCAAUUAGAUCGGGAUGUAGACAGAAGUGAUAAACGUGGAGAUUUGUGUGAUAACUGUCCCAGCCGGUUUAACCCGGGACAGGAAGACGUGGAUAGGGAUGGAAUUGGAGACGUCUGCGACCCUGAUAUGGACGAUGAUGGUAUUCCAAACGAGCACGACAACUGCCCCCGAGUAUAUAACCCUCAACAGGAAGAUAUGGACGGCGACUCUAUUGGCGAUCUCUGCGACAACUGCCCGCGAGUCCGGAACCCGUCUCAAGAUGACGCAGAUAGAGACAACGUUGGCGACGCGUGCGACAGCGAUGUGGACCGGGAUCAGGACGGUAUUCAAGACGGUAUAGACAAUUGUCCGAAUUUAGCGAACAGUGACCAACAGGACGUUGAUAAUGAUGGUAAAGGGGACGUUUGUGAUGAUGACAUCGAUGGUGAUAACAUUCCCAACUUGGAAGACAACUGUCCUUUGGUGUACAACCCGGACCAAGCAGAUGCUAAUGGUGAUAGUGUGGGCAACGUCUGUGAUAACGACUUCGAUGGAGACAAUGUGACAAAUACGCUCGACAACUGCCCGAACAAUUCAAAAAUAUUCCGCACUGAUUUUAGGAAUUAUAUGACAGUACGACUAGACCCUGAAGGGACAUCGCAGCAAGACCCCAACUGGGAGAUAGCUAACGAAGGUGCUGAAAUUUUGCAAACACUUAAUUCAGACCCUGGACUUGCGGUAGGGUUCGAGAAUUUUGGAGGAGUUGACUUCGAAGGAACUUUAUUCGUAAAUACUCAAGUUGAUGAUGAUUAUGUUGGAUUUAUAUUUGGCUACCAAAAUAAUAAACGGUUCUACGUGGUAAUGUGGAAAAAGAACACACAGACGUACUGGUUGACCACGCCUUUUAGGGCUGUAGCCGAACCCGGGAUUCAGCUCAAGUUGGUCAACUCUAAGACUGGUCCUGGGAAGACAUUGCGGAAUGCUCUCUGGAAUACUGAAUCUACUCCAGACCAGGUGACACUUCUCUGGAAAGACCCCCGCAAUGUUGGUUGGCGUGAAAGAACCGCGUAUCGCUGGAGACUGCUCCACCGUCCCAAGAUUGGUCUCAUCCGCCUCAAGAUCUACGAGAACAACCGACUGGUUGCUGAUUCUGGAAACGUUUACGAUUUUACCUUGAAAGGCGGUCGUCUUGGAGUCUUCUGCUUCUCACAAGAACUGAUCAUUUGGUCCAACCUUGUGUAUAGAUGUAACGAUAAAAUUCCAACGAACAUCGUGUCGGAGCUACCGCCAAGGCUACUUAAGAAAUUGGAUGUAGAUCACGAUUUUGUUUAUUUGUAGUCAUAAAAUAUAAUAAAAAUAUUGGCACAACAUA